AUGACUGACCCUACUCAAGAUGCAUCUUCUCCAUACUACCUACAUCCCUCAGAAACCCCAAGUCUCACCAUUACCCCCAAUAUCCUUGAAGGGCAAAACUAUCACCAAUGGUCCUGUUCGGUUCGAAUGAGCCUUAUAUCUAAGAACAAAAUUGGUUUUAUCGAUGGAAGUAUUCAAGCUCCAGCCCGUACAAAUGCUCUCUACUCAGCUUGGGAAAGGAACAACAUGAUGGUUGUUUCCUGGCUUCACAAAUCUCUUUCACCACCAUCUAUCAGGGAUGAGCUGGAUGUUUUUCGCCCUUUGUCACCUUGCACAUGUGCCAUUAAAUGCACUUGUGCUGCUUCAAUUAGCAUUGGAAAAUACAAAUCUCAGGAUCAAGUCAUUAAGUUCCUUAGGGGAUUAAAUGACAAUUAUUCUACUGUGAAGACUCAGAUUCUUCUCAUGGACCCUCUUCCACCUCUCAAUCAUGUUUUUUCUCUUGUUGUUCAGGAAGAGAGACAAUUUUUUGGUGAAUCAAAGGCCUUGGCUGUUGCUGGGAGAGGAGGAAGUUUCAGAAACAACAAUGGUCGAGGUGUUGCUUUUGGUGCUUCUGGAAAGGGUAACAUAACUCAAAACAAAGGUAGCUAUGGUCGAGGAAAUAACACGAAAGUUUGUAGUCAUUGUGGCAAAGUCGGGCAUACAAUUGACACAUGCUAUAGAAAACAUGGAUUUCCACCGCAUUUCAAGUUCAAGAACCAGAACCAUGAUUUGAGUCUUGCUAAUGCUGUAUCCCAAGUUGAUAAUCCUGAUGAUGAUGAGCAGGAUGUUGCAGGACCAAAGGCAAAUAUGCAGUCACAACAAUUUGGUUUCACAAUAGAGCAGUAUCAAGGACUAUUAACCCUCUUAUAG